AUGGAGCAGGCUCGUGCAGCUGCUCAGGUUUUUGUGAGAUCUGGUUCUUAUUUGGCAAGAUGCCAAAGCAGCACUGUCUUGGCCCUGGAGGAAUCGUGUUCACUUUUUUGCCUAGGCAUCUUGGAGUUUAUCAGUUUGGCUGUGGGGCUGAUCAGCAUCCGGGGAGUAGACUCUGGCCUGUACCUAGGAAUGAACGAACGAGGAGAACUCUAUGGGUCGAAGAAACUCACACAUGAAUGUGUUUUCCGGGAACAAUUUGAAGAAAACUGGUACAACACCUAUGCAUCCACCUUGUACAAACACUCGGAUUCGGAGAGACAGUAUUAUGUGGCCCUGAAUAAAGAUGGCUCACCCCGGGAGGGAUGCAGGACUAAACGACAUCAGAAAUUCACUCAUUUUUUACCCAGGCCAGUAGAUCCUUCUAAGUUGCCCUCCCUGUCCAGAGACCUCUUCCGCUAUAGGUAA